AUGCGAGAACCAAGCCAAGCCCCAUCGACGUUCACGCAGCGAGCGAAUCAGCGAAGUUUAGAGGGCGAGAUCGAAAACGUGCGCAACGUGCAGCGAACGGCGCUCAUCCGGCUCUUUUUACAUCGGCUUAGCUGCCGCUACCCUUCGCGCCUGCACUCGUUUUUACCUCGCCUCCAGGAUCGUGCGACACGAAUCUUCCACCACCUGUCGAGCACCCGACUCUCGUCGCUCACCAUGAAGUUUGGCAAGUACAUCCUCAGCCAGCAGAUCUCGGGCUGGGGUGCCUACUACCUCGAUUAUAAGUUCCUAAAAAAGAUCAUCAAUUCGCUCGAGAAGGGCAGGUUGGCAGAUGCUGCUCUCUUCGCGACCGGUGUUCGUCCCGAGGAAACAUCCAACGGCCAGCCCGCCGUCUCACCUCAGCCACAGAUCCUUCCACACGUUGAGGGCUCGGACGAACUUCAGAUCCACAAGGCCGCCUUCUUCUUCAAACUGGAGCGAGAGCUGGAAAAGAUCAACAACUUUUAUCUCCAAAAGGAGGCCGAGCUCAAGUCUCGCCUACAGACGCUCAUCGACAAGAAGCGCAUCAUCUUUGAAUCCCGCAACUCGUCCAAGCUGUCCAAGGAAUCGCCUUCCUACGUCGCACUCUACGAAGGCUUCCGCUACUUUGAAAAGGAUCUCAGCAAGCUGCAGCAGUUUAUCGAGAUCAACGCCACCGGUUUCCGAAAGAUCCUGAAGAAGUGGGACAAGCGCUCCAAGUCGCAGACAAAAGAGCUCUACCUCGCUCGUCAGGUCGAGGUGCAGCCUUGCUUCAAUCUCAAAUUCAUCGCCGAGCUCAGCGACAUUGCUGCCGCCAACCUGCUCGAGCUCGAGAACCUUUCUCACGGACGUUCUCUCAACGAGACGCUCGGAACCAAUGGCGCCAGUCUCUCUUCCGACAAUCGCCUCGACUUUGCCGCUGCUCAGAGCCAGGAUUUCGAUGCGCUUGCAGACCUCGAAGCCAACCUCGCAGAGGCGGUCAAGGCGGGCCGUGUCGCGCCAGCCACCGAGAUGAUCCGCAUCGCAGCACAGAAUGAAGAUCCCACCAGCGUCUCACGCAUUGUCUGGCGUGCUCUCCUUGAGGCGCCUCACGAAGCAGUGCGCGCCGCUCUCGAACACCAUCUCGCCGACUACAAGUUUGUCGACGACAUCAGCUCGCGUACGUGCCUGCACGAAUGCUCGAUGGCUGGCAAGCUCUUUCUCGUUCAGUCAUGCAUCGAGAAUGGUGUCGAUGUCGCUCAGCAGGACAUCUACGGACGUACUGCGCUGUCUUAUGCUGCCAUGGCAGGGCAUACCGAUGUCUGCCACUACCUGCUCUCGCUGCCCUCUAUCUCGGCCGCCACCUACGACCUCGAUGGUUUCUCUCCACUCAUUCUGGCGGUCAUGAACGGCCGCACCGACGCCGUUCGCAUCCUCUUGGACCACGGCGCUAGCGUCGAGCCCCGCGACGCCACUGACCUGAUCCCGCUCUGCCUUGCCAGCUCGGGCGGCCACGCCGACAUCGUCAAGUUGCUCUUGCAAAAGGGCGCAAAGAUCGUCUCGAACGCGGAGGGCUUGUAUCCGCAGGCCCUGGCUGCCCGCGCCGGUCACGCCAACUGCGUGCGCCUGCUCGUCGAAUCAGGCGGAGACCCGAAUGCGCCCGAAAAGGGUACACAGUGGACCCCGACCUUCUUUGCUGCCGAAAGCGGCCACGUCGACUGCCUCCAGGUCCUGCUCAAUGCAGGCUGCAACGUCACCAUCGUCGAUGAGAAGGACCGUACUGCCGCUUUCUAUGCUGCUUGGAACGGCAAGAUCGCCUGUUUGCUCCUGCUGCUCCAAGCGGCGCAGCAGAGUAAGACUGCACCGUCUGAGCGUCGACUCUCAAAGACUCAAGCCGCGAAAGUCAACACGUCUUCGGAUGCGGCAGACGAUCUCGACCUCGAGAUUGAUGGCAUUCCCGACUUGUCCCUCCCGCCGCCCAUCAUUCCUUUCCGCACUUAUGGUCACAACUAUCUCGACAAGCGCGCACUCGUGUCCGUGUCUCUCACAAACAACUCGGUCAAGCUGUACAAGCACCAGGACCCGAAUCGCCCCGAACAAUUCUCGACAUCGUCGCUCAAGCUCGUCAUGACUUCUCGACCCGACGCCUCGACCACUGCCAUCCCUCAUAACGUGGUGCUGCCUCUUGCCGACGAGCGUGAGGUGUUUUCGUUCCAGGUCGACCGGCUCGAAAGCUUCUCCAUUGAAUGGGAGCUGAUGCCCACCUUCGGCUCAAAGGUCAUCGGCAAGGCCGUCGCCUUGCCAAGCUCAUUCGAGGGCAUGACCGACCGAAAGCGCUUCGUGCUACCGCUUCAGGACGUCUACCUCAAGGUGGUGGGAGAGGUAUCGUUCGAGUUGGACUUUGUCAAGCCGUUCGACAGUGUUCAGCUCGAGAUCGGCGGUCGUGUUGAGACGUACUGGAAGAGCAUGUUGCCCGGUGUUGCAAGUGCUUCGAACGUCGGUCCGACGAGGAUGACCCCCAACAGUGGUGUCAGUGGCAUCGGCAGCUCCUUGAGCUCUGCAACAGCCGCUGGUCAAGGCGGGAAAAUACCCGCGGCAGCUGACAAGGGCGCAGCUUUGGGCUCCAGCGGUGCUGCUUCGGGCGGAACCCCGUCGGUUGGCUCUGCUGGAGCAGCAUCUGCAGCUGCACCACAGCCGACGCUGGUGACUGGAUCUUCGCUUGCGGGUGAAUAUCUGCGCGUCGUGGUACAGGUGACGAAGGACGCGAUAGCGGUGGUGUGGCCUGCGCCGUUCAUCCCGCUGCCUGGUCUGCAAGUGUACGUCGGAAGUGUCAAGGCGGAUGAACUGCUGUCGCUGGCCGCACAGACAGGGCAUUCGCUCGACUGGACACCUGCACAAGCAGCGCAAGCUUCGUGGACUGACUGGCAGCGUGCACUUCAGACGUCGGUCGUCACACUCGAGAAGCUCCUUUCCCUCCUGCCUGUCUCGGUCGGAAUCGACAUUGACGUCAUGUAUCCUUCUACGGCAGAGGUGCGCUCCAAUCCAGGGAUGCCCAAGAUGGAAGUCAACCAAUUCGUCGACACCAUCCUGCAUACCGUCUAUGCAGCAGGCACGAGCAAUCGCGAACAGAGCCGCAAGAUUCUGUUCUCUUCACGCUCACCCACCGUCUGCACUGCGCUUAACUGGAAGCAGCCCAACUACGCCGUCUUCUUUGCGUCGUUUUGCGGCAUCGAUGGCACAGCCAGCCUCGAGCAAGGUCAAUUGCUGCCUUCGACGAGGCACGAAACGGAUCCUCGUAGGGAGAGCAUUUCGGAAGCGGUGCGCUUCGCUAAGAGCAACAAUCUGUUGGGCAUCAUGGCCGAUGUGGCGCUGUUGAAUCACGUACCGCAUCUGGUGGAGAGCGUGAAGGCGAGUGGAUUGCUGCUGAUCACGAUCGGUAGGUUCAAGAAGCAAGAAUCAAUAGCGGAGGAGUUGGUGGAUGAUGUUGACGGUGAGGUGGAUCAGGGGAUUGUGCUUUGUAGGAGUUAG